GUAAACGUUCCAAAUGUCCAAUUUCGGGAAGGGACUUCAUCUUUCUGGGUAGUAAUCCAAGGGGGUCUGACGCAGGAACUCCCUCAGAUCAGCGGAGUUUUUCAUUAGCUAGCAAACCCCCCUUUCCCUUCCUUUGUUUAAAUAAGCUCUUAUCUCCAACUUUCCCCCUCUUUCUCUUUUAUUUUUCUUUGUAAAUGAAAGAAAAAACAUCCCUUGAGAAGAGAGAACAGGAAUUCUUUGUUAUAUUUCUACUUAAAGUCAACUUCAACUGUUUUUAUUUUAUAAGAACUUCUAUGUAUAGAUAUUAUAUGUAUAGAGCUAUUUCUCAUACUCUCACCUCACUCGUGCUGGUUACCAACUGCUUUGGGAUUCAAGAGACUGAACUGAAAGAGAGAGAGCAAAGAAAGUGGAGCGUACCGCCCCCCCAAGAUUUCCUCCCAGUAAAUGGCCAAUCCCUCUCUGCAAAGGACUUAAGAACUUACAAUACCAGAACAAGGAUACCCUAACUUGUCCUAAGAUGCCACCCAGCAGAAGCAUAUAUUCCCAUUUCAGCCAAGGUCUUAAGUCCUAUCGGGGGUCUAGGCAGCUGUCUCAGAUUACCAAGAAUGAAAGCUUUGCUAUAAGUCCAAAGGAUGUGGAAAAGACAAAGAUUAAGAUCACAGAAGAUAGUCCAGGACCUGGACAGAGCUUUAGGUACAUGGAGAAGGAAAUCACAAACCUCAAGAAAGACCUCCAGCAUAGCCGCUACCUGAUCCGAUCAGUGAAAAUGGGCCAAAGUUAUUUCGACAUUUUGAAGGCGGAGAGUGCACUAAGAAAGAAAAUCUUGAUGGACAAAAAGAGAGAAGAAGAGGAGAGAAACAGAUUUCAGCCUCCAAAAAUGCCUGCUGCUGAAACCAGUGAUGUUAGCCUGAACUUAUAUGAUGGAGUAAAAAAAGAAGGAGGUCCAGAUGUUAUCCUACGACCUUUCAACCCAGUACACAACUGUCUGAUCUCACCCUCGCUAUCCCAGGCCCAAAUAGAACCCCUCUUUCGGCAACUCUGUGCCCUCCACUGGCUCCUGGAGGCAUUGACCAUCGACCACAACCACCAUGGCAUGAAACCAUUGAUAACCUGCUGGAACGAAAAGGACCCUGGAGGCAGCAAAAGUACAUUAAAAAAAAUCAAUAAGGAAAAGGUGAUGUUGCACAAAUGGGAGCACUUCGUCAUGCCGCCCAAGUCCAAGAAAUAUAAAAUGCCAGGUCCCCGAAUCAUGACCGCCCGGAAGGCAAGCCGGAAGGCAUCGACCAUCAGUCUUACCCGUACAAGUGGAGGGUCAUCUCCCCAGAGCAGCAUGCUGUCGGUGAACCCUCCUGGCUCGGAUGAGCCCCAGAGCACUGUAACCCUGGGUACCAGCAGUAAAGAUCUGGAUGACAAUGAGUCUUCAUCCACGAAGGCAGAUGAUGAUAACAUUCCCAUCAGUCUUCAGAAACUCAUGGAGAUGGUGCGUGAAGAUGCCAGAAGAACAGUCUCUGCAGAGGAGGAUAAUUACAAAAAGUAUGCCAGCACUGUGUCCAUCCUCAAGCCCUCCCUGAAGAGUGAUAUGGAGAAUGCCCAAAAGACGAGAUCUGGAAAGUUAUUCAAUCCUGUGUCAGUGGGACGGGCCUUCUCUAACCAGGCCUUCUCAGUCAUAACCGAGAAGUCAAGUAGUAGCAGUACAGACAGUCUCCGACGGCCUAAAAGCUAUCCUGGUGGUGUUUCAGAAGCCAAGAGCAACAUAUGUGCCAACAUGAGAGCCAAGUUUUUCAGCAUCGCACAGGAGGCUGGUUUCUGUUUGCAAGACAGACUAGAAAUCCUCACCAAGAGACAGGAAGAAAGAGGCAUCCAGAAGUUUUUUGCUUUCACCGUGGUCUCCAAUUUUCAUGACGACAUAGAAAAAAUGAGACAUCCAAUCACUAUAACAAGAGGAGAUGCUGAAGAAAUGGCUAACCACUGGUAUUUUGAUUUAUUAUCUAAACUCCCGGAAGACUUAAAGAAAUAUCGUCCUGCCAAGAAAAUCCUACAGAAAUUGCAAAAGCAUGGAGAGAAUUUGGAUCUCAGAAUCCGUCCGCACGUGCUCCUGAAAGUGCUACAGGACCUCCGUACGUGGGAAAUAUGCUCCCCUGACAUCGCCGUGGCCAUCGAGUUUGUACGAGAACAUAUUGUCCAAAUGCCUCAAGUAGACUAUAUCAAGUGGCUUCGGGCUCGGGUCAACCUUCCCGUGCGAAGCUUCAGCGCCCCACCCCCAUAGGGCAGCCAAAGCCAGAGACCAAGAAAUGGCCCAGACUGAUAAUGGGAACACUAUUGAGGAAGAUGGGGAAUGUAGGUGGAAGCGUGGGAAUCUUUGGGCGUUUGGUGCCCAGAGAGAAGAUGCUGAGAGGAAGAAAGCCAAUUCCGCCUGCUUCCCAGACCUGAUCGGAGCUCCCAAGCUUCUCAUUCCCUGCAAGGCCUGACCAGCUGGACUUCAGCUUCCAUCCCACUUUGGAGCCCUUUCCACACCAGAAGCCAUGCUCCAGAGGUGGUCUGCCACUGGGGCUCUGUUUUCCAAGAAGCUGGCCUUUUGCGACCCCCCCCCGGGCUCCUCCAAACCACUUACCUCCCUCCUCUCAGGUCCAUCACUCUAGUGUUCUAUCAGGUUCGGCCCAGUUCCACCAAUUCCCAUCGAAUGCAAUUUAUUGUUGGUAAUAAAAUGAAAAUGAAUAUCGGACACGUAGAAA